AUGCCCGGGCCAUCAACGCCACGCGACCUCGCGGCUAUUCUCACGACUCACGAGGCCAGCGCGCGCGCGGUAACUUCCGACGCGAGGACGAGCGCGAACCGCGGGUCUGGCAGCCGUGAGGGCAGCCGUGACAGCUAUCGCGGUGACAGCCGCGACCGCGAUAACGCACGCCUAUUCAAUCGCCGCCGCGAUGACAACAGUCGCCGCGAUGACAAUCGUGCUCACAACCGCGACCGUGGCAAGCGUGACGACAGACAAGGCUUCCGAACCCGCAAGGAGGUCAAGUUCGAAGAAGAAUACAAGAACAACGUGACGGAGGACGAUGCCACCGACGGCCAAGAGGAAGUCGUUAAUUUCGUGAUAACCCGCGAGGGCAAAGCCACGACGCAGGCUGCCGCCUUCGUUGACGCAAUGGCUGCCGCCGUCACAUCGGUCACUGAUAUUGCGAAGACCACGGGAAGGUUCAAAUGCAAUACCUGUGCCCGAAGACUAUCAAUCGCUGUGUGCCCUGAUUCCGGCUGCGGCACGCCCGUCAUUAACGCUAAAGUCCUUCAACAAUUCGACCACACGAUCGAACGUCGACACCACGCGACGAUUCGAGGCGUCGAUGGAGGGAAGACGGCUACAAACGAAUUCGCGAUCUUCACCUUCUUCGCCGCUGGCCGACAGAACGGUCAGAAUGUCAUAGCCAAGUUCCAAUCUGGGGCUUGGGUCCUGCCAUCCGUCGGCUCUAACGCCUUGCUCGGCAACGCAUGGCUCAAACCUUACGGAGCCUCUAUUGACUACAACAAGGAUGUCAUCAGGAUCGGCGCGUUGAACGACUUGGAGAUACCUAUCACGGUGGUUAAGGCAAAGGCUGCCCCGGUGAACAGGGUCGUCAAGGCCACAAGGGAUUACACGGUCCCAGCCGGUGCAAUAAAGCUCGUGCCAGCCUCGUGGAAGGAGCUGCCGUCAGGCAGAAGCUUCACCUUCAAUUCCACGCACCCACAGGCCAUGCACGCCCUCGUUAACGACCGCACGGGACCAAACAUCCUCCUUGUCAACUAUACAGAGGAAGACAUCACGAUCUCCCGCAAGCAACGCCUUGGCAGCGCCGCUCUAUCAGACCGCGAUAACCUCGAUGAUGCCGAGGGAUCUGAUGCGAGCAAAACACCCUAUCGCGAACACCACAAGGGUCCUCUACAGAUCACCAAGACCCCCGACCUACCUGAGACCAUCACAGACAACGGCAUACACGUUUACGCCGCCGAUGGCAGGUUCCGCGAUAAGGCGAUGGCGCUGCUAUAA